GCUAGUACAACUUUAUCGAGAUGUAUAUCUUUUACUUGAAGCAUCUUGUCAGCAGCAACGUUAGUUAACUAUUCACAUGACCUGCUGAGUCAUCUCUGCCUUUCCCCCGCACCCAUCACCAUCAACUGUUUCUCUCCAUCGCAACACAUCCACACAUCUAUUGCAAUUCUGAUAACUCCCUUCCUCAAUUCCUGUGCUCUCCCCUGCUACCAUCUAGUUUACAUCAUCUAGCCUCUCAAAUCCAGCGAGAUCAUCCACAUCCCAACGACAAUACUCACACGAACAAACAACCUCCACCCCACCCUCACUCCUAACCCCGCACCGCAUCCCACCAACCUCCAAAAUGCCUUCCCCUCCGCCAGCAAUCCUCAUAAUCGGCUCCCUCAACACCGACUUCGUAACCUACACCCCCCGCUGCCCCCUCGCCGGUGAAACCCUAACCGCGACAAGCAUGACCAUCUCCGCCGGCGGAAAAGGCGCCAACCAGGCCGUGGCCUGCGGACGCGCAGCCUGCUCCUCGCCCCCCCCCUCUGCCACGCAUACCCCCUCGGCAACGCCCACGGCGACUGCUCGCUCCGCUGACGUUCACAUGGUGGGUGCCGUCGGCCAGAACGAUCCCUACUACGCCGCGCUGAUGCGGCCACUGCUCGAAGGCUCGGGGGUUUCGGUGGACGGGGUGCGCGAAUGCACCGCCGCGAGCACGGGGUCGGCGACGAUUAUUGUGGAGGAGGAGACCGGGGAGAAUCGGAUUGCGGUGGUGCCCGGGGCGAAUCAUGCGGGGAUGGGGAACGUGGAGGAUGUGGUGUCGGUUGUUGAGAGGGUUACUUGGCGUGGUGGGGAGGAAGGAGAAGGAGGAGAAGGAGGGGGAACGGGGGAUAAUCGGGCGCAGACGAAAGUCAUCGUCAUGCAGGGCGAAAUCCCCCGCGCCACCGUCCUCGGUCUGCUGGCGCAUUUCAACCAGCACGACCCCACCGCGCACGUCGUGUUUAAUCCCGCCCCCGUGUUUCCCGAGGGGAUUCCGAUCGGGGUGCUGCGCGGGACGAGUGUGCUUGUGGUGAAUGAGACGGAGGCGGUGCUGAUGGCGCGGGCGUUGGGGUUGGGCGAUGGUGGGGUUGGCGAGGAGCAGCCCGAUCCACUGCUCCUGGCCAGGGUGUUGGCGCCCAGGUUCCAUGAGAAAGCGGAGGUGGCGAUCGUUUUGAUUACCCUCGGGGCGAAAGGGGCGUUCUUUUCCACUGCCUCCGGCGUCAGUGGGUUCGUCGCGGCGGAGAAGGUGGCCAACGUGGUGGAUACCACCGCCGCAGGCGAUACCUUUGUCGGGUACUUCACCACCGCGUUUGCGCGGUUCGUGGCACAGGGUAAGACGUUGCGGGAGUUUGACGGUCUGGUGGAGGAUGCGGUGCGUAGGGCAAAUCGCGCGGCGGCUUGCUGCGUGCAGAGGAAGGGGGCGAUGCAAAGUAUUCCCUUUGCCUAUGAGGUGGAUGUUUAAGAGUCGAAUAGGCGGAAGGUGCGGAAGAUUAG